CUAGAGAGGCCUCGGCGGAUUGGGCGCGUUGGCCAGCGCGGCGGCUCCUGGGCAACGCUGGGUGCCGGAUCGCGAGAAGGCGAGCAGGUUAUUUCAGUCUCUUGCUCAUUACUUCUGAAGAGCAGCAAAUGGCAUUGUGCUGUGCUGUCUUGAGAAGAUACUCCUGAGGACCCAGCAGUGAUCGGUGAAAGCAACAGAUUUGUGUUCAUCUGGGUGACUCUGAACAGGAGUGAUGCCUCCAGGCAGGUGGUAUGCUGCCCGCUCAGCUCAGGCCCAGGCUUCAAGGAAGCGUGGACACCCUAACUUGAUAAAGAAGGAAGAGGAGGAGGAUGAAUAUACUCUGGUGCAGACUGCCAGGCCACAGACACUUAACCGCCCUGGCCAGGAGCUAUUCCGCCAGCUCUUUAGGCAGCUUCGCUACCACGAGUCUUCUGGGCCCCUAGAAACUCUGGGCCGCCUCCGGGAGCUCUGCCGCUGGUGGAUGAGGCCUGAUGUUCUUUCCAAGGCACAGAUGUUGGAGCUGCUGGUGUUGGAGCAGUUCCUGAGUAUCUUGCCUGGAGAGCUUCGGACCUGGGUGCAGCUCCAUUGCCCUGAGAGUGGUGAGGAGGCUGUGGCCUUGCUGGAGGAGCUGCACAGGGAUCUUGAUGGGACACCANCCCAGGACCCACACCCUGCUCAGAGCCCAGAUGUACAUUGGAUGGGCACAGGAGCCCUAUGUUCUGCACAGAUAUGGUCCCCUGCUUCGCCUUUCAGGAGCGACUCUGUUCUGGGGGACCAUUUGGAAUCUCCACAUGCAAUAGGAGUGUGUGACUUCCUUGCUGGGCAAUCCGAUCCUGCUGCCGCCCAGGUGCCUGCCCAUUUCCAGAUGGAAGGGAGCACAGGAGAGCAGGUAACAGCCAGCAAGUCUGUAACAGCCCGGCCCCAGGAACGCUUGACGUUCAAGGAUGUAGAGGUGACCUUCUCUCAGGAUGAGUGGGGAUACCUGGACUCGUCUCAGAGGAACCUCUACCAGGAUGUGAUGCUGGAAAAUUAUGGGCACAUGAUUUCUGUGGUGGGGCCACCUUCAAAACCUGCUCUGAUCUCCUGGCUGGAAGCAAGGGAAGCAUGGAGCCUGGAUGUCUGCACAGGUCAGCCUGUGAAGGAUUCAGCUACUGCCCCUGAAGGAGGUGAGCUCCAGAUUAUGACAAGGAAGUUGAACUCGAAACAGGAUGCUUCAGAAUACACAGAAACCUUUCCUGAGCUAUCAGUCUGUCCUGUGACACGUGUUUCUGGGGUAGCAGGGCUCAGAGAAUCUUUGAAAGAGAAGAACACACUACAGCAACUCUGUGGAAGCCCCAUGAGAAUGAGAGAAAUUAAGGAAGAAACAGACAUCAAUCACAGGACAGGAAGAGAAUCUCAAGUAUUGGAAACAAAUGAUAUUCCUGACCUAAAACAUGUUAAGUGUGUUAGAGUUUCCCGGAAAAAGCGAUCCUUUAAACAUGGCUACAGUGGAUACUUAAGAAAAAGUUCGUACAAUUAUGACCACAAGAAAUACGGGAAGGGGCCCCGACACCCGAUUGAGGGGUUUGGUGUGCAUCAACAAAUUCACGCUGCUCCGAAAGAGAAUGAAAAGGGCACACGUGGAAAGGAUUUCAUGCUUAGCUCUGAUCACCAGCAGGAGCAGAGUGUUCCUGUUGUUCAGAAGUACAGAUGCCAUGACUGUGGGAAGAACUUCGGUAAAAGUUCCCAUCUUGCGCAACAUCAGAGACUUCAUAGUCAAGAGAAACCAUUUAAAUGUAGGGUGUGUGAGAAGGCCUUCAGGUGGUACUCAAACUGUUCGCGACAUGAGAAAAUCCACACUGGCGUGAAACCUUAUAAAUGCAGUUUAUGUGAGAAAGCUUUCCAGCGUCAGUCAGCCUACCGUCUUCACCAGAAAACCCAUACUAAAGUGGAAUUUGACUCUGACCGGUACAAAAAAGCUCUCACCUACAGCUUGGAGCUCAAUCAUUUGACAGACCAGAAUGGGGAGAAAUUCUUUAACUGCAGCCAGUGCAGCAAAUCCUUUCGCUGUAAGUCCUAUGCUCUUGAACAUCAAAGAAUUCAUACACAGGAGAAACCUUAUAAAUGUACCAGAUGUAGGAAAACCUUUCGGUGGAGGUCACACUUUUCACGUCAUGUGAGACUGCACCAGGAGCAGGAGUUCUGUCAACAAGAUAAAUGUCAAGAAAAGUUCCAGCAGAACUUCAGUCAGCCCCGGGGUAUGCCCAAAGUAGAGAAAGCUUUUCUGUGUCAGCUUUGUGGGAAAACAUUUGCUCAAAAGAAAUCACUCAUUGAACACCAUAGGGUUCACACAGGUGAGAAACCAUACCAAUGUAGUGAGUGUGGGAAAAGAUUUACCUAUAGGUCAGCCUUUAUUGUUCAUAAGAAGCAUCAUGCCUUUAGAAGAAAACCUGAAAGUGGACCAUCUUUUAAUCAGGAUACUUUCGACAAUCUCUCUUUCCUUCUCAUUCAUCAGAGAGUUCACACCAGAGAAAAGCCCUAUAAGUGCAGGGAGUGUGGAAAAGCCUUCCGAUGGAGUUCUAAUCGCUCCCGACAUGAGAGGCAACACUGUUUGUACCAAGGGUACAAGUAUGAAAGUGAAGCAACUCCAAACCUAGAGUCCAGUGUCCUCACUGGUCCGAAGCGCUUUUGGUGUGCAGAAUGUGGGAAAACCUUUACACGUAAAAGAAGUCUUUCAGAUCACAUGGGAAUACACAGUGGAGAGAAACGCUUUAAGUGCAACGUGUGUGGGAAAUCCUAUGAUAGAAAUCAUCGACUGGUUAAUCAUCAGAGAAUCCAUGCUGCAGAGAGACCUUUUAAAUCUCAGUGGUGUGGUAAAGAUCUCAAAGGGAAACAUAUUCCUUCUGUUCCCCAGAGAAAACAGAGCAAAGCAGUACACUCUGAACGCAGCCUGCCUGGCUUAUCUUCUUUUCAAGACAGAAGGUUAAAUGUUCUGAAAUUAAAACCAAGUAGAGAGAAGACGCUUGAAGAGUAUGACAACCUUUCUGACCGGAGCUCCAUGUCCACUGGACUCCAGAAAGUACCCACUGAGAAAAACCAUCACAGAUGUAGCAUUUGUGGGAAAAGUUUUAGCAAACAUUCACAGCUCAGUAGCCACAAGAGAUUUCACACUCGAGAGAGGCCCUUCAAAUGUAAAGUGUGUGGGAAGACUUUCAGGUGGUCUUCCAAUUUGGCUCGUCAUAUGAAAAACCAUAUUAGAGAUUAGCCUGGGGCCUCAGGAUAGUGGAUGGUAGGCACUAAGCGGAAUACCUUCAAAUUCCCAGUCCUUUCUGGUUUGGAAGCACUUGGCUUGGAAUCCCGAGGAUUUAGACGCUCAGUGACUCAUCAGUGUACCUUCUGAGAAGUGAUGUUGGGGAAAAGCAGCACGAGGCCCCUAGCUGUAGUUCACGACUUCCAGCCAGCCAGAUCUUCUCUGACAACUCUAUUGUAGUUUGUGAUUAGAUACUUCGUAGUCUGAUUCCAGUUCCUGUUUAGGUUUGGCUUGUAUGUUCUUUGACUUUAAAGGAACAGCAUCAAGAACUCUAGUCUUGGACUGGAGAGAUGGCCUCGUGCUCAAGAAAAUUUGCGGCUGUUACACAGGACAUGGGUUUGGUUUCCAGCACCCCCAUAGCAGCUCCGUAACCAUCGAUAACUACAGCUCCAUUGGAUCCAGUGCCACCUUCUUGCUUCCGUGGGCAUUGCAUGCACUUGGUGCACAUCUGUGCAGGGAAUCACACAGAAACCUUUAAAGAAAAAAAAUGAAACUACUACUAAUCUUCCCAGACACGUCCUGGGGAGCUCUGCUGGGGCUUCAGUUUUACAGUUGGGUUUUAGUUAGUAUUAUUACUCUCUGUAGGGAGUAAGAAGGGCAGAGUGCUGGGCUCCAUUGUUUGAUCAAGAUGGCCUUAAUCCUCAGUUCAUCUGAGGUAUGAGCACCUCCCAUAUGCCAGGUACCUGUAUGUGUGCCAAAGACACAGCAGUGACCUGAAGAGGCAACUGAUGUGCUGUCUUGGGUCCCUUCAGACAGUAAGUAAGAUGGGUUAUAUUCUUGAUGAUGAUACCUGUUGAGAGCAAAGUAAGAGAAGAAUGGGAAGGAAUGCUGAAUUGGUGUGUGGGUUGUGAAUUUAAACAGGAUGAUCAGGAAGGAGCUGAAAAGAGAAGGUGAAAACUAGUUCAGUAAGGCACUGAAAGAAGUUGGGGAGUGAGCAUCAGGCAGAUGAGGUGGAAUCUUGUCUGGUGGCCUCUGGGGACAGCAGAGUCCCCUGGGUGGAAUGGAGAGAGUCAGCUGCAGAGAGUGGACUUCAGGAGAGUCCUUCAACCGUAGUCUUCGUAGAGGUGGUGUUAACACAUCUGUUGGUGCUGCGUCUCUGAAGAGAAUACCACUCUGUUCAUAGUUUGCCUUGCCUGGGACCUUGUCCUUAAGUCUGCUCCCUUGGCCUGAUCUCUCUUGAGGCCCAUGUCUUAGUGUCAUCUGGCAGCCAACUCAGCCUGAACAAGCACUCAGGAAGGGCGGGCCUGGGUGCUCAUGAUUGCAGAGAUUUUGCAAAAAAUUGCCUCUGUGAAGAAUCUAAGUCAAGGCUAGAGUUUUCUAAGAUGCUCUUGAUCAGAAAAGUUGGAAGUUCAAAUUUUUUCUAUUUGUAUCUGUUUUUAUUUAAGUUUUAGAUAGGCUCUCACUAGGUAGCCCUGGCUGGCCUAGAGGUUGUAAGUCAACCAGGCUGGCCUCGAAUUCACAGUAAUUCUACUUCUGCCUUCAAAGCACUGGAACUAGAGGCAUACACCAACACAGCCAGCCUCGGGAAUUUUUUUUUUAAGCAAGCCUCCAGUGAAGAAUUAGCAUGAAGCCAUACUGAAGAACACAGCUUCUGGGUUGGAACCUAGUUGUAUUUUGUUUCUGAGUUGAUGGGAUUCUGGUCGGUAGCUUCUGAAUUUUUUGUCCACGCUGUGUAAUCUUGUCCAUGAUCUUGGCCUGGAAAGCACACAGGCUUCUUUUAGUCCAUCCUAUCUCACUACUGUCUCGGGGAGGAACUGAAGUUGGGGAUAGGGAUAGACAGAUGGGCAGAGACCAACACAGGAAGAAAUGGGAGUGAGAUAGCCACUCAUUCACCUGGCCAUUGUGGUCAGUUCCAUUGUAACUGAAGACUCAGACCAUAGUGCAGUGUGUGCAGA